AUGGAUAUCCUGAACGCCAUCGCCCAAUGCAAGAGCGCCGGUAAUAACGUCACAUCCUGCUACCCCACGAACCAGACAGUCAUCGUCCAGAACUCGACCUCCCAGUGGCAAAGCACAGAUACCAUAUACUUCGUCUGGAACUCCCGUCUCCCCCUCUUCACCCAAACCAACACGCUCCAGGUCUCUCUCUACCGCGGCGACUUCAACGGCGACCAGCUGAUCCGCAGCUGGCCCAACACCGCGAACCCCACGCACGGCGAUGCGGGGCUCUUGACCGUUCUCGUAGACGACGUCUUGAGGUCGCUCAACGACUCGUGGACGCCCGGGACGAACAUCAGUACGCCGAUGUAUUUCACUAUCGCUCCUUCUGCGUCGGGAGGGGGUGGGGAUGUGGGGCGGCAGGCGACGUUUGAGCUUGUUCUCACCGGUCUCCCCUCAGACUCAAGCUCCAGCUCGUCCGACGGCGAUGCGUCGACCACACAUGCCGCCCCUGGCGCGAUUGCUGGCAUAGUUGUAGGCGGCAUAGCGGUCCUGGUUCUCGUCGUGGUCGUCACGUGGAUGCUCGUGCGGCGCUAUAGUGCGCUGGCUCGUGCGCGGGGGGAUGAGGUGGACCUGAAGGAGGAGGAGGAGACUGGGUCUGUCAUCUCUUGGGGGGAUGAGAAGGAGGUGCAGGGCACGCAGUAA